UAUACGACACGAGUAUGUAAUGUAAUAAUAAUAACCUUUUCAUUGACCUUUUCUCUCUCGCUCCAUCUCCUGCAAUCUCUUUUUUCAUCUUAUUCCGUUGAAUCCAAGAUUUACAAGGGGAAAAAAUGAGCAAUGAUAAUUGUGAUGAAGCGUCUUCACAAAGGCGUGCCCCUCGUUUGAAUGAGAGGAUCCUGUCAUCUUUGUCCAGGAGGUCUGUUGCUGCCCAUCCUUGGCACGACCUCGAAAUAGGACCUGAAGCUCCAAGCGUUUUCAAUGCUGUCAUCGAGAUAACAAAGGGAAGUAAAGUCAAAUACGAGCUGGACAAGAAAACUGGUCUCAUUAAGGUUGAUCGUGUCCUAUAUUCUUCAGUGGUUUACCCUCAGAACUAUGGCUUCAUUCCUCGAACACUAUGUGAAGAUAACGACCCCAUGGAUGUUUUAGUCCUCAUGCAGGAACCUGUCCUCCCAGGUUGUUUCCUUCGAGCUAGGGCAAUUGGUCUGAUGCCUAUGAUUGAUCAGGGAGAGAAAGAUGAUAAGAUCAUAGCAGUGUGCGCUGAUGAUCCAGAAUAUCGCCACUACACUAAUAUAAACCAGCUUCCUCCUCAUCGCCUGGCUGAAAUUCGCCGCUUUUUUGAAGAUUACAAGAAGAAUGAAAACAAAGAGGUUGCUGUUGACGAGUUUCUGCCUCCAAUUACUGCUGUCGACGCCAUUCAAUACUCCAUGGACCUAUAUGCCGAAUACAUAUUACACACCUUGAGGAAGUAAUUGAUUCUCCUGAGGAGCAUAAUAACAGAGUAUCUAUCUUUCGGUACAAUGGGAAGUGAAGAGUGUCUUGUACGAGUCAUUUAAAAGAUUUACUACCUUAUCGAUUUCUUUUUCUUUCUUCUUUUCUUGGGGCUGUGAUAUUAUGAUUUAGCAAAGAUCCUAUCCCCUACUGCUCUGAAAACUAAAGUUGUACUGUUUUUAUUAUGUUGGCAUGAAUUCAGCAUUGGUGUAUCCCUUCCUCUGUAUUUCGGAGAACUUCACUAGCUAAAAUCCAGCUCCAGCUCUAUUUCAUAGUCUCUAACUUCGAACCCUUCAA